CAUCAACUGCCCUUUCCUGUUCACUGACAAUCUGGUCAGGCCCAUGUCCAGCUGCCAAUAACAUCUUCGCUAUCUUUACGCGCACCCCUCGACCCUACUCCAAGGCUUCCUUGACUCAACCCCUCAUUCUCUACCCCUCACAAAUCCUCAUCCAUAUAGCCAUACAUCAUGUGUGGUAUCCUCGGCGUUAUUCACGGCAACCCGUCGUCACUCGACGCUGCCGCUGAGAUCCACCAGGCUCUCUACUACCUGCAGCACCGUGGUCAGGACGCUUGCGGUAUUGCCGCCUGUACCCGCAAUGGUCGCAUCUACCAGUGCAAGGGCAAUGGUCUCGCUGCCAAAGUCUUCCACGACGGCUCCCGCGUUGCCGACCUCCCUGGCUUCAUGGGCAUUGGACACCUGAGAUACCCCACCGCCGGCAGCAGUGCCAACUCAGAAGCACAGCCCUUCUACGUCAACAGCCCCUACGGCAUUGCUCUUACACACAACGGCAACUUGAUCAACGCUCCCGAACUCAGAGAGUACCUCGACCAAGUCGCUCACAGACACAUCAACACAGACAGCGACAGUGAGCUGAUGCUGAACAUCUUCGCCAACGAGUUGAACGAGACCAAGAAGGCCAGAGUCAACGCUAACGAUUGUUUCGCUGCUCUCGAGCGCAUGUACAAGCGCUGCUCCGGUGGUUGGGCUUGUACCGCUAUGCUUGCUGGUUUCGGUCUCAUUGGUUUCCGUGAUGCCUAUGGUAUCCGCCCUAUGGUUCUCGGCUCGAAGCCUUCGGACGAUGGUAUCGGUACUGACUACAUGAUGGCUUCGGAAUCUGUCGCUCUGUCGCAAUGCGGCUACAAGAACAUCGUCGACAUCAAGCCCGGUCAGGCUGUCAUCAUCGAGAAGGGCAAGGAGCCCGUCUUCUCGCAAGUCGCUCAAGAACUGAACUACGCCCCCGAUAUCUUCGAAUACGUCUACUUUGCUCGCCCCGAGUCAGUCAUUGACGGUAUCUCCGUCCACCGCAGUCGCCAACUGAUGGGCUACCGUCUCGCCGAAACCAUCAAGCAGCAACUUACCCCCGAACAACUCGCAAGCAUCGAUGCCGUUAUCCCUAUCCCCGAGACCAGCUUGAUCUCUGCCUACGCCGUUUCCAAACACCUCAAGAUCCCUUACUGCCAGGGCUUCGUUAAGAACCGCUACAUCUUCCGUACCUUCAUCAUGCCGAAUCAGAAGGCUCGUCAAAAGGGUGUGCGCGCCAAGCUCAACGCUAUCCCUAUCGAGUUCCAGGACAAGAACGUGCUGCUCGUUGAUGACAGUAUCGUUAGAGGUACUACCAGUCGCGAGAUCGUUCUCAUGGCCAAGGAAGCUGGUGCCAAGCAGGUCUUCUUCGCCAGUUGUGCUCCUCCUAUCACCUACGCUCACAUCUAUGGUAUUGAUCUCGCCUCAUCUUCAGAGCUCAUUGCCCACCACAGCAGCUCUCAGGAUAUCGCCAAGAAGAUUGGUGCCGACGCCGUCGUCUACCAGUCUCUGAAGGAUCUCGAAGAGUCUUGCGCCGAAGCCAGCCCCCGCCCAAACCAGAAAUUCGAAGUCGGUGUCUUCUGCGGCACAUAUGUCACUCCCGUCAACAACGAUUACUUUGAGCACCUUGAGCGCAUGCGCGGAGAUGCCAAGAAGCUGAAGGUCAUGGAGAGUGCUCGUGAGGCCGUCAGACAAGGCACUGCCGGAGAAGACGAGGUGCGCAUGGCAGCCAGUGGGGUGAAGGUUGAUCAUCAAGGCAAUGUUGUGCCUGCUGACGAAGGCAAUAAAGCACAAGUCAGUGCUGUCAAGAAGAUCACAGCCGACGGCGACAAUGAGGAAAAGAGGCCGAAAGAUGGCUUGGUCCACCGCGGAAGCCAGGACGUCUCUCUGCACAACUUGAACGAUUAUUAAAUGAUGAAAGGGUGGGUUUGGCCGUUUGGAACGGUAGAAGGAUUUCAGACACAGGAGACAAGGAUGGCGUUUCAGGCGUGAGGUUACAUUCAACCCUUCGUAAGAGGGAGACGCAGGAGGGAGGAGCAUUGUCUUUGCUAGAGUAGAACGUCUUUUCUUGCUGCAAAGCUACA